AUGAGGUACUGGAUUGGCUCUAACACAUACCUGACAGCAGACAGACAGAGGAAAUCUAAGGGGUCAUUGGAGCUGGUUGACCAGUUACUUACUGUCCUUCUUAGACUUAGACUAGGACUGUUUACCUCUGAUAUUGCCCAUAGAUUUGGUAUAUCAGAGAGUACUUUUUCCAAAUAUUUUGCCACCUGGAUUUCUUUACUUGCAUGUGAACUGAAAUCUUUAAAUCCAUUUCCUGCACGUGAUAUCAUUGACAGAACAAUGCCAUUAUCUUUUAAAUCAAAGUAUUCAUCUGUUCGAGUUAUACUCGACUGUACAGAACUUUUUAUACAGAAGUCCUCUAGUCUUGUAAAUCAGAGUAUGACAUUUUCUAACUACAAACAUCAUACAACUGUGAAAUUUCUUGUUGGCAUCACACCAUCAGGUGUUAUUUCUUUUGUAUCUGAAGGUUGGCCAGGUAAGGUAUCUGACAGAGAACUGACAAUUAAUUCAGGUAUUAUAGAUCUGUUAGAUGAAAAUGACAGUGUUAUGGCGGACAAAGGUUUUACGAUAAGAGAUCUGUUGGAAAAUAAAAAAUGUAAUUUGAACAUUCCUCCAUUUAGAGGUGCAUGUCCGCAAUUUUCAACAGAUGAAGUUUUCAAAACACAGGAGAUAGCCUCAUUAAGAAUACAUGUAGAGAGGAGUAUAGGUCGAGUUAAAAACUUCCAUAUUUUGGAUGGUGUUAUGCCUAUAACUUUGCAACCAUUAGUCACUAAAAUUUUCCAGGUGAUUUGUUGGCUAACAAAUCUUGAUGUGCCAUUAAUUACAAAUUAAUUUCCAUUUAUGUACACGAGUGUAUUUUUAUAGGAAGUGCUGCUUUAAUUGAUUUCAGACUGAUGAAAAUGACAAAUUGUAAUUCAAAAUGAUUUCAAACUAAUUAUUCUGAUUGAACUCAUGUCAACAUAUUUUUUAUUUUUGGAAUUUGAUAAUUAGGAGAACAAAACAUUUAUGGUGGAACAUGACAUAAAACUUGAAUAGAUAUUAAAUGUGAGAUUUGUUAAAGGGAAAAUGAUUCUUAUGCUUCAUUUAAGUGAUCAGUACACAACUCUACUUUUGUACAUAUGUUACACGUUUCUUGUUCAUGUAUAUUUAUAAACCAUGCUUGCCAUAUUUAUGGUAUGAUUCCAGUUGGUUUGUGAUUGGCAAAUGAAUAUUUUUUAGUUUAAUGUAGAAAUCCAUUGCUAUCUGAUAAAAAUGGCACUUGUAGUCAUUUGAAACUGUUCUUCAAAGAUAUUGACACUUGUUUAUACAUUUGGGAUAGAUUAUAUGAAGUAAUUUCUUUCAAAACUUAAUUAAUUAUUGAUUAAUGAAUUAUUGAUUAUGCAUGUUGAUCAUUGCAUGAUUUGGCAUUUGUAUACUGUACAACAAACAAUGAUAUGUGUGGUUAUCUAAAUCAAAUUUU